AUGUAUGCACUUCAAACAAUAUUAAACAAUGAUCAAUUACAACUUGAUGAAACAACUGAAAAACUUCUAUCACAACUUCGUGAACGAAAUAAAAUUGUUUCAUUAGAUCUUAAACAAUUUGUUGAGACAUAUCUCAUUGAAAUAGCUUCACUUACUGAUAAACGUGAUACAUCAAAACAUGAACAACAAAUAACUGUUUGGAGACGUGAACGACAAGAACAACUUGAUUAUCAAAUUCAUCGUUUUGUUACUGAACAAAAAAAGCGAAUUUAA